UGACUUUGAUUGAAAAAAUAAAGAGGAAAAAAACAUUCAACUUCAUCAUCUUGAAAGCAGAAUGGCACGAGGAGAGGGCACCGAGCAGUACUCCGCCACUCUGUUAUCAAUAAAACCUAUAAAUACAGAGAUAAAGACAGCACCGCGGACGCACCAGAGAAGUCGCCUGUGUGUGCUCAGCAAACUGUGCUAUGCGAUCGGUGGGGCUCCCUACCAGAUCACAGGCAGCGCUCUCGGCUUCUUCCUCCAGAUCUACCUGCUAGAAGUUGCCCAGUUGGAUCCCUUCUAUGCCUCUAUCAUCCUGUUUGUGGGCCGCGCAUGGGAUGGAGUCACGGACCCAACAGUGGGUUUCCUUGUGAGCCGAAGUAGAUGGACCAGCGUUGGCCGCAUGAUGCCCUGGAUCCUUGUCUCUACUCCAUUUGCUGUGUUGACUUACCUCAUGAUCUGGUAUGUGCCUCCUUUUGAAGAAGGGAAGGUCAUCUGGUACCUGAUCUUUUACUGCCUCUUCCAGACAAUGCAGACGUGCUUCCAUGUGCCCUACUCAGCCCUCACCAUGUUCAUCAGCAACGAGCAGAAAGAACGAGAUUCUGCCACUGCUUACCGUAUGAUGGUGGAGGUGCUAGGCUCAGUUUUGGGCACUGCCAUCCAGGGACAGAUAGUAGGUGGAGCCCAAGUUUGCCCCACUGAGUCUGAUGCACCAGACAGUAGAAACAUGUCCCAAAUCAACAUAUCCAGAGUUUCACUGGAUGAGACGAAACAAGCUUACCUGAUUGCUUCAGGAGUGAUAUGCAUCAUCUACGUCUUCUGUGCCGCAGUCUUGUUUUUGGGUGUGAAAGAGAAAAAAGACACCGGGCGGAAAAAAACAGAGCCCCUCGGCUUCUGCCAGGGCCUGAGGGUGGUGAUGAGUCACGGACCGUAUGUCAAACUAGUCACUGGCUUCCUCUUCACCUCUCUUGCCUUCAUGCUACUGGAAGGAAACUUUGCCCUUUUCAUCACACAUGCCCUUGGCCAUCGGAAUGACUAUCAGAAUAUUCUCUUGGUAAUAAUGGUGUCUGGCACUCUAACCAUCCCGUGGUGGCAGUGGUUCCUGACCCGGUAUGGGAAGAAGACAGCCGUUUUUGUUGGCACAUCGUGGGCAGUACCCUUCAUGAUCCUGAUCAUCUCCGUUGAGAGCCAUCUGAUCAUUUCCUACUUGGUCUCAGUAGCAGCAGGUGUGAGCGUGGCAGCAGCUUUCCUCCUGCCAUGGUCAAUGCUUCCUGAUGUUGUGGAUGACUUUAAGGUCAAGAACCCAGACAUUCAUGGUCAUGAAGCCCUCUUCUACUCCUUCUAUGUCUUCUUCCUCAAGUUUGCCUCUGGAAUAUCACUGGGUAUCUCGACCCUCAGUUUAAAAUUUGCCGGCUACAUGACUGGGGAGUGUUCACAACCCGAAACGGUCAGUACAACCCUAAAGGUGCUGGUCUCUCCUGUGCCAGUGGUUCUUAUCGCUGUGGGGUUGUUAAUAAUAUGGACCUACCCUAUUGAUGAGGAAAAGAGGCAGGGCAACCGAAAACUACUGCAAGAAAUGCUAGAUUCUGAAGCAGAUUCUGAGUCUGAAACUUCAGCACUUGGGAGCAACGUGUAGCUGCAGUGGCAUUGUUGUUUUCCAUGUUUGCACAGGCUGUGAAGAGGGACAAGACCACCAGCUAUCUGGACCAACAGAGGAACCACAGACCACACUGCUGCCUUGCUGAGCCCACACAUUGGCCUUGGAUCACGCGAGUGUAUUUCGCCCUCUAGUGGCUAUCAAGUGUCAUCUCAUGUGAGAUUAGUAUUUUCUGUUCUCCACUCUCUCCAGUUGUGUCCCAGUUAAACUGUAUUUCCUAAGUAUACAUGAUAUAGAAAUCUUCACGGCCCCAAAGUCCCAAGCUAGAUUUUUUUUUUCUUGCUUUCAGUUCCUUUUUUUCCAACAGAAGUUUUCUUCUUUCAUUGUUCCUUCUGAAAAGCUAAAGCACAGUACUGGGAUCUGUCCAUAGAUUAACUUAAAUGAACUGGACAGUAAAAUUUGUUCACCUCAAUAAUCUAACAAAGAAAAACAUGCUUUUUGUUUGAGAUGUUCAAUUGCUACAACUCCUGCAAUCCCAUUGCAAAGACUUGUGGGAGCUGUAGUCGACAUGGAAACUCAACAAAGAAAGCAAAUUGUUUUCCAAAGAUUUCACUUUUUUU